GCUCACUUAAGGGUCUGCUCUAUGCAGGAAGUGCUUCAGUGAUUCAUAUUCGUUUUACAGCAGAAGCUGCGGCUUUUUUUCUUCCACGUCCUUCCUAGCACGUAAGAUGGAACCGAGAACAGUACUCAGCGUUUUGACGCUUCUAGUCUUAGUAGCAUUUCCUGCUGUGGAAUGCGCGAAAGGAAAAAGAGGACCAAAACUAACAGCUAAGGUGUUCUUUGACAUCCAGGUGGGAGAGUACGAGGUUGGCAGAAUAGUUAUUGGGCUGUUUGGGGAAGUUGUGCCAAAGACAGUGAACAACUUUAUUACCCUUGCAACUGGUGAGAAAGGAUACGGCUACAAAGGAAGUAAAUUUCAUCGGGUGAUCAAGGACUUCAUGAUCCAAGGAGGAGACUUUACUGCUGGAGAUGGAACUGGAGGCAUGAGCAUCUAUGGAGUGACAUUUCCAGAUGAGAACUUCAAGCUGAAGCACUUGGGAGCAGGGUGGGUCAGCAUGGCCAAUGCAGGCCCAGAUACCAAUGGUUCCCAGUUCUUCAUCACCUCAGCAAAAGCACCCUGGUUGGAUGGCAAGCACGUUGUGUUUGGGAAGGUCCUUGAAGGAAUGUCUGUGAUUCACACAAUAGAACUUCAAGACACAAACGAUAGAAAUCAACCCCUCCAGGACUGUGUGAUUUUUAACAGUGGUAAGAUAGACGUGAAAGAACCAUUUGUGAUAGAAUUGGAAGGCUGGUAAAAAGUAAUAAUAGUAAUAAUAAUAAUAAUAAUAAUAAUAAUAAUAAUAAUAACAACAACAACGUGUGGAAUUCUGCAUGAUCAAAAGUAUAGAUUCACAAACCAGUAAUAUGUUAAGAUGUAUCAAUAUGUUCAGGACAUUGGUCAAGUUAAAUAAUGUAUUGAUCAUACAACUUAGAUAAAAGGGCUCACAUAUCUGACACUGAAUCCAGUGCUCUUGGUCUGGUACAGGUAUUUUGUUGUGCGACUCAGUUCUCCUCAGUAUUUUAUGCAAUAACACUGCAAUAAAUAAAUGUUGCACUGUUUGUUCUUUCUACACUAGCCAGGUAUAGAAUUAUGAAUAUUGUAUUUAAUAUAAAAUACUUAAAACUACUAAAUUCUACCAGGAAAACCAGUGCAAUAUUUUCAGGUGUGUUUGAUCAAGUAAACAGGAAUUAUUAUUUUCUGGAUAUCAGGCUACAUGGUGGCAUCAAUACCCCCAGCCGUGAUUUUUUUUUUUUUUUUUUUUUUAAACAGAGGUGAGUAAAUUAGCAAAAGCUUUUGUUAACACUAAUCUUGUGUAAUAAAAAUAACAUGCACCUGUAUGUAAAACUAAUGUAGAGUUUAUAUAUGCUGUUACAUAAUUGUAUUGAGUACCCCCUGAAAUUGUUGAGUAAAAGUGUUGAUGGUG